CAACCCAUCGCGUGCGUUGAUGAAUUUGACUAUAGUUAUCGUAGCUUUCAGACAGUAUCUGAAAAAGAUGUCAUAUAUAUCAAUAACACCAUCAGAGUUUGAAAUCCGCGUUCGUGCGCUGAAACCAUGGACUUUGCCAUCUUCAAUUCUGCCGGUAUURCUUGGUACAUUGUUGGCGUACAAAUCGACAAAGCCGUUCGACCCGUAUCCUUUCGUCUUGUGCUKUUUUGUCAUCAUCGGGAUGCACGCAGCGGGAAACUUUGUUAACUCGUACUACGAAGCCAAAAGCAGAGUGUUUUUCACGAGCCCGUUGGAGCGAAGUGUGAUAAUCUACGAGACCGCUCGAUGUGCUGUAGCAACCUACUGCAUUGUCAUACCUUCCUUUGGAUUACUCCUGUUCUCGUCUGUAUCUCAUCUCUGGCAGGAAUUAGYCUUGUUCUCUACAGGCUUUAUCGCUUCUAUUUUAUUUGGCAAAUAUUUAAGGAACAUUGCCGUAGGGGAGUUUGCAGUAAGUGCUGUUUAUGGUCCCUUGUGUGUGAUAUUUACCUACGCCGUUCAAGUGGGUUCUCGUAGAGAGUUUAGCACAUCAUGGUUGUGUCUAUAUUCACUACCCCUAGCACUUUCUACCGAAUGCUUUCUUCAUAGUCAAAACAUCCGGGACCUUAAAGCUGACGUGAAGAACGGAUCUACUACGCUAGCGUCGUUGCUAGGUUACAAUAACGCUAUUAAUGCCCUGCCACUGUUACUACUAWCUCCCCAUCUGGUCACAGCUUUCCUGGGUUUUAAUGUAUCCAAGUAUUUUUUCUUCCCCCUGCUGUGUUUGCCGUUAUCAAUGCUUUCUAUUCCAAAGUGCAACGAAGACAUGGCAGUACUUCCCGAGAAGACAUCGAUCGUGGGUCUCAUGUUUGGUCUUCUUUAUCUUUUAAGUUUAUUGUAUUCGUUUUAAUACGUUUUACUAGAUUGAGCGCACUUAAUCCGUGAAGCAAAAAUAUUGCAAAAUGGCUGCUAAAUUAUGCUAAUUUAUAACUUGUUUUCUAUUUCUUGAUCGAAAGUCUGUACUAAUUGUUAAUGUUUUGUUUCACGGAUUUAGUCCGUCCAUCGUUGAUGAUAAUCUAACCAUAAUUUAAUUCUAAAAUUAAUGUACUCAAGAACCAAACAUCCUGGGUGUAAGUAUACAUUCUCGUACCCARAUCCCCCUUGGGUUAUUUCUCAUGGUCUGAUUAUAGGAAGCGGGAUGUCCUGGUUGAUCAACCUACCUCGGUUUUACGAGAUCUCGGUUUGUCUUCAAGACGACAGAUUCCGGCGGCGCGAUUACUUGGAAUAGAGUACAAAAAUAUGACGUCACAAAAAUGUGGGAGAAGCUAGCUAUCUUCCACUCUUCCAAAUUUCAGUGUCCUAGUUCCAUUUAUAGCGGAGAUAUAAGCGCUUUUAUGGUUGGGUGACCACAUACAAACGCUUGUAAAUUUACUCUGGUCUCCAUUGUUAUGAACCAGACCAAGUUUACAAGCGUUUGAAURUAUGUGGUCACCCAACCAUAAAAUCGUUUAUAUCCCCGCUAUGAAGGCAUUGAAAAUGACGAACUUUCAGAAUGUGGAGGCCAAUUUUAAAAACUCAMAAAUGUUUGUUUUUUGACCUCAGCAUCCCUUUAAGGGAUCUCGACAAACCGAGCUYAACAUUCCCCAUAUAAUCGAUGGCAGGACAGAAGUUAUGCUUAGCAUACAUGAGCGUUUCGGUUCGAAAAAGCGGCAAACACAUUGCUAAUAAUUUAACGGUAUAUUCCUGUCGCCUGAUCAAGUGAYUACCUUCCAUUUUGAAGAAAUUUAGAUUUUCGCGGGAAUCGUCCCGGCAAAACUUCAAAUUCAGUUGUUACGACGUAAGCCGGUAGUGAAUUGAAAACAAUAGAAAAGAAAGGAAUGGAAACGAGACCUAAGGGCCCUUGAGGUGGUCAGAUGGMAAAUACCAAGGGAUUCCCUUCACCUGAAUUCAAGAAAAAUUGCUUGUCAGUAGGAAAAGGACAUUUUCUUGCUUCUUGUAAAUUCAAUAAGAAUAUUUUUUAAUCCCUAAGUUACUUCCGGUUUAUGUCGUAAGCGUGUAUGACGAUACAGGAAGAACGAACAUUGAUCUCGUCAAACGGAGGCAGCCCAGUCAACCGGUGCGCUUCUUAUAAUCAGGUCCUCAGUGAAUGGUCUGUGUGCGAGAUUGUAAAAUAUAGUGAACUAAAGGUCCAAAUACUUGACUAGCAUGACACACCCUCAUGGGCGUGCGUUUACGUAGAUGUAAAGGAAAAAAAGGCAAAAAUUAAGAAAAAGUGUGGACGAGACAUUCAGUAGCCUCCUCACGCAGCCGUAUACCAAUUUCCAAUUUCGAGUUCUGGUUUGCUCUGUAUUAGCCUCAAAACCAAGUAAAAUAUUCUCUUGUUUUAUUGAUAGCCCGAGAAAACGCAUGGAAUUUGAAAAGAAAGACAAUAGAAUUGAUUUGAGAUCUCACACUUUUAUUCUCACAAUUAGGAAUAUUUUGCGCACAAAUGAGGCUAACACAGAGCAUUGGAGUAAUCGAAACUGGAUUAUUGUCGGCACAUGCACAGUGAUAUAGUGUGUGUGUGAUUUUUUUAUAAUUAUUAGUUGAUAUUUUAGCAUUAAGUAGCAUCAUCUUGACAUCCAAAUUUUAAAUGUUAGUCUCAAGUCUUUUUGACAAUAAAAAAGUCGAGUGAAGGCAUCAUCGAAA